AAUAGUGCUCAGCCAGACGCAAGCAUAAACAAUGCGAAUGCUGCAGCGAACGAUGUAAGAACCAGUGGUCGUACGAACAAUUCUGAGGGGAAAAAUGAAAUCAGUGAAAGGAGCGUGCGCGAUUCGGUAAUGCUUGGGAUUACAUUCCUCAUCUAUCUGUUACUUGGUUCUUAUGUAUUUUCGUUGUACGAACCAGAUAUGGACUUCUUCAAGGCUGUUUAUUUUAAUUUUAUUACGCUUACAACUAUUGGCCUGGGUGAUGUGGUACCAAAAAGUAAAAAAUAUCUGCUUGUUACGCUACUGUAUACAACAAUUGGUUUAUCGCUAACAACAACUGCCAUGGAGCUCGCAGCCAAUCUGCUUAAAAAAAUCCAUUAUUUUGGGCGAAAAAUAGAAAACGUUUCGAACAUUAGCGUUUGGUUUGGAGGCAAAAAGAUGACAAUGAAAAAAUUGGUGCAACAUCUUGGUGAUCAUAUGAAUGUACCGGAGCGUGAGCUCAAAGAUCUGAAUUUGGAUGUUUUUGUCAAAUCCGCCAUGAAAGUAGAGGCCGGUGUGAUAAAAACCCUUCGGAAACCGAAAGUGACGAUGCGUGGGCGUUCAAAAUAUCCAUCUGCUCUGCACUAUUCCGAUAUACGUAAAUCCGGUGAAUCGGAAAAUUUGAAAUACAUUGACGAGAAAAGGGAGAGUAGCAUUUCU